CGCCGUACGAGCGUGGCCCAUCGCCGGCAACCGGAGCGGGCAUCUCGAGCGUCGUCUGCUGCCUGGCCCCCUGCCCCCGUGCGCCAGCGACCGAGCGCCUGCCUGCCAGGGCCUCACCUGCCGCCCAGCUUCCCCAGUGUAAAUUCUUCCAGGAUCCGCCCACAGACGAUCUCUCGAUCGACUUUGUCAAGAGGAUGGCGCCCUCAGCAGAAGCCCAGGAUCCCGCCACCAUCCUCGAGGACUGGAUCCACCGCACUCAAAACCUGCCCGAGGAGCUGCGCUUCGUCCAGGACGAGAUCCUCGACAAGGACAGAGCAUACAACGACUGCGUCAAGACAAUCGAAGAAUGCGACCUCAAGAUCCAGCGCUGGAUUCGUGCCAAUGGCAGCCACCAACCAAACCCGCGUGAGAACCAACUUCGCGAAACCAUCCGCUCCAACUUCACAAAGGCCGACCAGCUCGCCGCCGAGAAGAUCCACCUCGCCGAGAAGCUUAAGCGCAUGUACGAUAAGCACCUCAAACACCUCGAUGGUCAGAUAGAACUACUUGUCCGGCGGUCAGAGCCCGGCUUCGAAAACCCCGACGAAAUACCAUCCACUCUGCGUCCCAGCGCGGCAAACCACUCGAACACGAGCGUCAGAGUCCUGGCUGCAACGGCCAGCACCCCUCUCAACCCGAUCCUCAACAAUAGCUCCACCCCUACAAGCACGAAAGCGCCCGCAGUUGUGCGAGCGGCAUUGUCCCAAACGCACCCGAGUUCUGCUCCAACGACACCCGCAGCAAGCAUGCUUCUGAACCGAAAUCAACGCGAAUCGUCUGCCGGCCCAGGCAUUGGCAGCGUCCCGAAACGACUUCCACGCGCCAACACAGGACUUCCCAAUGCACCUGCCGCCUCAAGCGGACUCGCCCGGCAUGCUUCCUCAGGACCUGGCACACCCAAGGGGGGGACUCCAAGUGUAUCACGGGCAGGCAGUGUUGCACCACGGACAAGCAACAAGACCGUAGCUUCCACCCGGAAGACGACGCCAUCUGGUGGUGUCAGCCGCAAGAAGCCACCAAAUGCGAAGUCGACAUUAUCGAGGGUUAAGAGAGCCGCAAACUCGAAAGGCUCGCCAGCAUCCACGGCAGAUAGUGAGCUGUCGGAUGCCGAGUCUGUCCAGUCCUCCGUGCGGGGGUCACGGGCGGGAAGUGGGACACCCGUACCACAAGCGCAGAAACGCCCGUCUCCGAGCGCAGAUCAUGAUGGCGACGAAGAUAUGGCCGACAAGGAACCCGAGGCCUCGGCCUCAGGCGGAUCAGACGAUGAAGAGGAAGAUGAGGAGGGCAAGAAAUACUGUCUUUGCCAGCACGUGUCGUAUGGCGAUAUGGUGGCCUGUGACAACCCGUCCUGUAGGUACGAGUGGUUCCAUUGGAACUGUGUCGGCCUCAAGUCUGAGCCCGAGGGCCGGUGGUUCUGCCCAGCCUGUACCGAAGCAAUGGCGAUGCGCAAAAAGGGCAAGUGAGGGGCGGGUGGUGAUGGGUGAACAGCGAGUUAUCAUUAUUACACGCGAUGGCGACCACAAGACACGGAUUACUUGCGGUAAGCACCGCCUCACAAAGUCCUGGAAUUGAGCCAGGCCAUGAUGUAUCCAAAAACAAGCGACGGAGGCCAUGA